GAGCGUGGGGGUGGUGUUAGAAGAGAGAAUACUCCUAAACAUAGAGAACACAUUUAUCAAAAGCUGUAACUGAGUGAAUGCUUUUUUAAAGUAUGCAGUCAUCAGUGGAAUCUCAAAAUAAUAAUCACUGAACUUAACUACAAAUUUAGGUAUAAGCUCACCGGCAACAAACCCCUACUUUUGUAAUCACCGCACUUCUCUAGCGGUUGAGUUUUAAACCCAGAGCUACACAUUGGUUUUCAUGUUACAAGACAAAACUUUUUCUUGGACGGAAAUUUGCCGCAAAACGAAGAUAAAAUGACCCUCACAUCAAAGGCUCCAUGUUUCAAAUCCAAGUUUAUCACUGCGGAGCUGGCUCAUCUGUUCAGCCAGUCAGACAGUGAGGAGGAGUUUGAAGGUUUCAGCGGGGAUGAGGAAGAAGAGCACAGAGGAUGUUUUAACAAACGGCUAAAGACCAAGAUGGUGGAUGUAGAGGAGGACAGCGACGUGGACACAGGCUUCUACUCUGAUGGCGAGGAGCCCCCCCCACCAAAGAGGAAGAGUCUUUUAGUAGCCCUGAGGUUUCCAGUCAAAAGACUGUCUACCCCCAAACUGCAAGAGAAAAAUGUCAAAAAGACAGUUAAAGAAACUCCUCCUUCACAAAGAGGCAGAGGACGGCAGAGAAUGAAGCAGCAGCAGGAUGAGGAGGAGGAGGAAGACAAAGAGGAAGUCUUGUCUCAGAGCCUAAGGAAACGAGACAAGAACAUCAAGGAAAACAAGGCCAUGCUGGCUAAGCUGUUUGCUGAUCUGAGCACCAUGGCUGACCUGACUCUGCCCACCACCCCUCAAAAGAAGAAGCGGGCGACAGAGAAAGCAAUGCCACGAAAACGCAAGUUUGAACCAGAGAUGGGGUCAGAAAGGAGGAACCCGUCCCGUAAGGCUCGUCCUCCUGAGAACUUUGCGGUGGAGGAAAAGAGCGAGCCGCUCACCCACAGAAGCCCCAGGACUGUAGACAUCAGGAGACUGGUGGAGGUGGAUGAUGAACAUGUUGGUAAGGGACGGAAAAAGAGGAAGAGCCACAUUUCCAGGAGGAGCCAGUAUGAGGUGAAGUCAGUCGAUGAGAUCACCAAAGAAGACCUGGACAACAUAGCGUACCGCAGCAAAGACAAGAUCUGGGACAAGGAGAAUGGCAGCUCGUGUCACCAGUGCAGACAGAAGACUCUGGACACCAAGACAGUGUGUCGCAGUGGUUUCUGUGUGGGGGCCAAAGGUCAAUUCUGUGGGCCGUGCCUUAAGAACCGCUACGGAGAAGACGUACGCGCUGUGCUGCUUGACCCGACAUGGUCGUGUCCCAUCUGCAGAGAGAUGUGUAACUGCAGUCUGUGUCGUAAGAAGGAGGGCCGCUGUGCUACUGGCAUCCUGGUGGGAUUGGCCCGCUACAACGGCCACAACAACGUCCAUGAGUAUCUGGAGAGCAUUCAGAAAGAGCUGCAGUAAAGUCCAAAGAGACGAUCAGAGAGGAGAACCUGUUCGUACAGCUGGCACCUGGAGCAGGCUCUCAUGCUGCACAGUACUGUAGAACUCAUUUUAAUGUACAUUUUUAGGUUUAGAUCAACCUUUUAUCUAACUAGAGAAACAAAAGCAAAAAGGUGUUUGUUUUUAUUGUUUUUUUUUGUCACCUUAACGCAAGGCACAUACACUGUUAAUAUGUUUUAUAUAUCCUGAUUUAAGGCUGCAUAAAAUGCAAGGAUGUUUUUAUUAUUUUAAAGUCAGUACUCAGUUUUGAGUUAUAUUUUCAUUUGAAAAUUUCUACUCUUGAUGUUCACUAGAGCAAAUGUAAGGUUAUUUUCUGUGUUACGGAUGCAAAACGAGCCUUUUAUACCAACUGCCUUUCUAAAAGUAACUUUAAAGCAUUCUUGUCAGUCCACUGUACAUUUUAAUAAAGAAUGGCAUUAUCUAAA